GCCUGUUCCAUACUGGUAAGGAUGGGCCGAGACGAUGGUCCCACGACCAAGGAGCUUGACUUCGAGGCGCAUAUCGAACUGACGCAGAUCGGACCGGAUACGUUCACCAACAUCCACCAACCAUGGCUCUUCCACAUCACAUUCACCGUGCCCGGCCCGCUGAUGAUGGCCGAGGCCGCCGCCGCCGCCUACAAAACGGUCCCGGACGACUUCAUGCUAGACACCCUACAAACGCACUUCAUGCUUGCCCCGGACAGCAAAAAGCCACUGGUCUACAGAGUGCAGCGUCUCAGUCAGGGGCGCCGCUUCGCCGUCCGGCUCGUGAACCUCGAGCAGGACGGAAGAAUCUGUGUGACGAUAACGACCAGCUUCAUGAGCGGCGCCUCCUGGACCGGUCGGGCCAUGACGCACUCGGAAUCGAUGAGGACGACGCGACGAAUCCCCGACAUCACGCUCGAUGACUUUGAAGAGAACCGCUCGCAUCUAGGACCCUUCAUGAAGUUCGAGAGACUUCCGCAUGUCCAGCAAGUAGUCCCGCCGGAUGAGAGCACAACCAUGGCGCCUGUUGUCGCGAAGAUCGAUCCUCCAAUCAAGGCACCGGCGGGAACCCUCGCGCACCUGCUCGGCAUGAUAUAUCUCUCCGACUACCAUGUCAUGGACUGUCCAUUGGCCAUCCACGAGGCGGACUUUGGCUUGUUCGCUAUCGGAGAUCACACGAGGACGAGGACGUCUUCGGGUAUGAAGAUCAUGACCAGUCUGAAUCAUACAGUCCACUUUCACGCCCAUGAUGGCUUCAGGGCCGACGAGCUGGUCUAUGUCGAGGCGACGAGUCCGUGGGCCAAAGAUGGGAGGGCGCUGAUUCAUUCCAAGAUGUUCAGCCACAAUGGCUUGCUGAUUGCUACUUGCGUUCAAGAGGCGUUCUAUGUGUUUAAGGAUGCUGCGAAGCUUUAG